GAAGGUCAAAUAGUGAAACGUCAAGCUCUAUGGUCAAGGUAAUGUCAACAUCAUGCAUAAAUAAUGGAUACUUAACAAAAUAAUAUAUUCAACCCUUACAAACAACCCCAGCUUUUUAAAUUCUGAUAAAAUGGACGAAUUCAAGCAGAAAAUACUGAGUUUAAUUAAUAAACAGGGACCCAAAAUUCCUUCCAUGGGUUUUGACGACAUUUAUCAGUUCCCACCAGUCCAGGAAUUAUCAAUCAACAGUAAAACUGUAUUGGAAUCUGACAGACCUGCAGACCAAGACAUACUAGAAAGUAUUGAAGACUCCUAUUUUUCUGUUGACGAAAAUUACGAUAUAUGCAGAUACGUAUUAAGUAAAUUACCAGAAAUAUUAGAUUGUGAAGAGAUCCAAAGAGAUUUUAAAAAUCUUAAGCAGCAACAUCAAGUUGUCAGCAAAAAGGUGUUACAAUUGAUAUUGGAACAUCAAACAGCAUGUAAUGAGGAAUUUGAAAGGAUUCUGGAAAUAAUUGAUAAAGUUAAAGAUGCUCUAGUGUUGUGUACCCAAAGCAGAAAUGAACUCAACGUUGCAGAGAAACAGUUGAGUUUCAGUUUGAGUAUUUUAGAAAAUUAUAGAAAAAGGAAGAUUGUACAAAACUUAUUGCAUAAUUUAAAAACCAUUAAAACAUUGUACCAGACGGAUCACAGGUUGCAGGAGCUUCUGGACGAGGAAAAUUAUGCAGGGGCCAUUGAAUUACUUCAGGAAUGUCAGGCAGCAGCAAACACUUAUAGACAUUUCACUUGUGUUGCUGCCUUGACUAAUAAAUUGCAAGAAACUUUGGAAGAGACUGAAGAGAAGUUAGAUCAAGUAUUGGCUCAGAUGUGUUACUAUUUUGAUAGUAUUCGCUAUAGUAAGCUGCAGGAUGCAUUUAAGUUGUUGGGAAAGACCCAAAUUGCGAUGGACCACCUUCACAUGCACUAUACAAGUGCUAUUUACAACACUGCACUCAAUAUUGUAAGAGUAUACGUAGAUUGUGCGGAAUUUUUGGACCACAGUGAUCAUUCUGGCAAAAAACCUUUUGACAAACUUUGUCUAUCCAUUAAUCAUGAAACUUUUAUUCCUUGUUUGGUAGACUUGUGCAAGUCUUUGUUUAAAAUUGUUCUGAGUUAUCACCAGUUGACAAUGUGGCAUAAUAACAAGGAAAGUGAGCCUGUUUCGCCUAUUGGUACAAACAGUAUCGAUUUUGAAGAGAAUUUCAAUCGACAGUACAUUAAACAGAAAUUAGAAAGUGGUCUUUUGAAAAUAUGGCACGAUGUUCAAAGUAAAAUUUCUGUAGUUCUGUUAAACAGUAAUCUGGCUUCUUAUAAGUUUGACCAGUUUGUCCAGGUGUUAAGUGUUGUGCACAGAUUGAUUGAAGUGGGUGAAGAGUUUUGUGGAAAUAAAUCUGAAGAAUUGCAAGAAUCGAUAAGGAAACAAAGUGCAAAUUAUUUUCGAAAUUAUCACUCUCAUAGGCUCGAGGAGUUGAAGAUCUUUUUAGAGAAUGAAAGCUGGGAAAUCUGCCCAGUCAAACCCACGUUUGAAAUCUUGCAGUUACAGGAGUUUAAAUCACUCAGAUCAGUUCUGAAGAAUUUCAAAGCUAGGCCCCAAAUUGUACAAAGCGUUCCCUAUUCCAAUUCUCCUGAUUGCAAUUCGUCUAAUCAUUCCCAAGACGGUAGCAGCAUUGUAGGUAAUUUCUUUUUGCGAUAUGCUCAACACGGGACUCCUUUCGAUUUAAGCCUGGACGAGACUAUAACUGAAGAAGAUAUUUUAGCUUCCGUGGGCGACGAGGCUUCUGGUUAUUUUUCAGAAGAAAGUGAAGAAGAGGAGUCUGAAGAAUUGAGAAAAGAUUUUGUAGAGGAUUUUGUUGAUGAAACAGCACCCAAGAUUCCUCAAAAAGAUAAGAGGGAAAAGCACAGUGUAAAAGCCCCUAUACUAACCAAUACGACCUUAACAGUCCUAAGACAGAUGGGAAAGUAUUUACAAAUGUCCAGACUUCUGAGGCCCAUAGCUUUCGACAUAAUAAUGUGCAUGACACAAUUGUUUGACUUCUACUUGUACACUGUACAUUCGUUUUUCGCCUCUGACUUGACUGUGUCUGGUACAUCUCUGUAUUCGAUCAAGUUCAGUGCGACUUUGAAAAGAAUCUCCGAUGACUUGGUUACCGACGAAACGAAUCAUCAAAAUGGUAAAGUUUUGAAGCCGAUUUUGUCUUCGAUUGUGAAUUUGUCGAAUCCGGAAGACCUGAAUGGAUUAGCGGAGAGAAUUUGUGCCGUUGAAAGUGUCGUAUUUUUGGCGAAACAGUACGAGUUUUUGCAGAACUAUAUGGAAUACCUGAUACCCACAAGUAAAAAGGCCUCUUUGCAACAUUUUUUUAGCCAGACGGUGUGUUACGUUACGGAUUUAAGACGCCCUGUAUACAUGUGCGUUGCUGCUAGAGCAUUUGAUUUACGACAAAUUUUAACCACAAUGUCAAAGGUCAAUUGGGAGGUUAAAGAUGUUAUGUCCCAGCACAAUGGAUAUAUAGACGUUUUGCUAAGGGAAGUACAGAUUUUUACUCUACGUCUUGAACAAAUUAGCGUUAAGGUUCCUAUAACAAACGAAGUCCAAAAAUCUCUUUGGGAAAAUAUCGCACAUAUUAUUACGCACACAUUGGUCCAGGGAUUUUCAGAUGCUAAAAAGUGUUCUAAUGGGGGUCGAGCGCUCAUGCAAUUAGAUUUUACGCAAUUUUUGUCAAAAUUCGAAAAGAUUUCCAAUUUGCGUCCUGUUCCUCAUAAAGAAUACGUUGAAAAUUAUGUUAAAGCCUACUAUUUACCAGAGGACGAGUUAGAAAGGUGGAUACGAGAACACAACGAAUACUCCACUAAACAUCUUUUCGGCCUAGUAAGCUGUGCGUAUCAAAAUAAUAAACGCGUCAAACAACGCCUUUAUCAAGUCAUCGAGGACUUGGACAAAACUGUUCAAAGAUAGCAGUUUCUUUUGUACUGUGAUUAAUUCUUUUUCCUUUUGUUUAUAAUUACUAUUGUUAGAUGACAGUUUUUAUAAACAGUUGAAGAAGG